AUGGGGCAAUUCACCUCCCGCAGUCAGGUCCCACUGAAGGGGCCGGGGCCAGUCCUCGGCGGCAGCAUUCGCCAAAUUGAGGAACUGCGACUCUUUGAGCUUAGAGGCGCUCGAUAUCUUGCUCUACCUCUUGCCCCGGUUAGCUUUGUCAUUCCCGAAUUCCCCAGUGGCAUCAUCCCUGUCACAGUCGUCUCAACUCCCCAGGGCCAGACUUUCAACCAAAGUUGGGUCGACAGUAAUAUCAAGAAAUGGAUUGCGUCAGACGAUGUCUUUCAACGGGACUUCCUUACCAACGUGGUAUUCAUUAGUGUGGAGACGAAGGCCUCCGUCGGAUUAACCGAAGUGUCUGAUCACAUGCGGCACACCUGGGAUACCAACUGGUGUACCUUAGUUCCUGAGCAGUUAGUGGGACUAGAAGUAACAUCGGGCCCGUAUGUAUUCUGGAACGGUCAGCUUUGCAAAGCAUACAGACUCUAUGACGAUCCGAACCAAGCUUUCAUCGUGGGGACGAAGCCACAAACAUCCACAGGUUUUGAGAAUUUGCGCGUGAGUGGUGAUUUCUACACGUCCUUGAGUUUGGCUGUUCCAUCGCGCAUCCUUCCAGAUCGCAGUGCGAAGAGACCUCUGGAAGGGCUCCGAUUUGCAGUGAAAGAUAUUUUCGAGAUUGAAGGACUUCGGACUACCGUGGGAUGUCGAGCGUACUACGCUCUCUCCAAGACCGCACCGAAGACCGCCCCGACCGUGCAAAAGUUGAUUGAUGCCGGUGCCCAAUUGGUCGGCACCCUGAAACUGGGUUCUCUAAUCACGAGAGAGGAGCCUACCGAAUCGGCCGACUACCAGGCACCUUUCAAUCCUCGAGGAGAUGGUUACCAGUCUGCUUGGAGCAGCAGUGGGGGUAGUGGUGCUGCUAUUGCUGCGUACGAUUGGCUCGACUUCACAAUCAGUACAGAUACUACCGGAAGUAGCCGUCGGCCGGCUCUAGCCAAUGGGUGCUUUGGAAUCCGCGUGUCCAGUGAUGCACUUCCCUCCGAAGGAGUCGUUCCAUCUUGGUCCUACUUUGAUUCUCCGGCUCUCUAUGGUAGAGAUUUUGCAAAAUUCGAGAACAUGAUCAGCACAUGGAUCAGCCCCAAGAAAGAACUAGCGACUGAACUGCCUGUUUCGCUUCUGUACCUAAGCGACUUUUUACCUGUUAAGAACGAGGUCCAGAUGAAACUCAUCGACAACUUUAUUGUGGAUGUUGAGUCGACCUACGAUAUCAAAAUUGAGAAACUGUCGGUUGCGGAGACAUGGAAAGCAAACAAGCCCGCUGAUGUUGAUGAGGUAUCCAUCCAGGAAUAUCUUGAGGAUGUUGGAGUCAACUCGUUCUGCUAUGGUGUCUACCACGAGCUUGACUGGUUUCGGAAGGAGUAUCACGAGAAAUUCGAUAAAGCUCCCUAUGUCAAUCCCGUCAUGUAA